AUAUAUAGUUAAUACCUAUUUAAUAAAGACCGAAUGUUUGAAGAUUUCAAUACAUUAGAUGAUCCGGAUUGGGACUACUCUAAAGAACAUGGUCCUCACCAAUGGUCAAAAUAUUGGAAUUUUACGAAAAGACAGUCUCCAAUCAAUUUGAAUUCAAAAUUAAUAAAAUAUAAUUCUACUCUAAAACCGUUGCAUUUUGAUAAAAAAAGCAUUAAACUCGAAGUAAAAAACAUUGGCAAAAACAUUUCUUUCUCUGCCGAAAAUAAUGCUGAAAUCAUAUUUUCAGGAGGUUAUUUAAAAAAUCGAUACGCAUUUCGUGAAAUGCAUUUUCAUUGGGGCGAAGUCCGUCAUGGAAAAUGUGAUCGCGGUUGUGAACAUACUAUAGAUGGCAACAGUUAUUCAGCAGAAAUGCAUAUUGUUCAUUGGAAUGUGGAUUUAUAUAAAACUGAGUUAGAAGCUUUAAAAAGCCCUAAUGGUCUUGCCGUGUUAGGAUUAUUUAUAGAUGCUAAAGAGAUUUACGAACAAAACGAAUCUUUUGAAUUGGUUAUCAAUAUGUUUAAUAAAGUUCCAUAUAUAAACUAUAAAACUAAGUUAGAAGUUUCGCCUUAUUUUUUGGUUCCAUCUUGUACCAAGAAGUUUUACACAUACCCUGGCUCAUUAACUAUUCCCCCUCUUACCGAAAAUGUUACAUGGAUAUUACUUGCUGAGCCAAUCAAGAUUUCUAUAGACCAACUUGAUAGAAUGACUACGUGCACCUCUGAUUCUGGAUAUAUAACUAACAAUUAUCGUCCAAUACAACCAUUAAACAAUCGUGUGAUACAAUCAUCGUUCGUUUAGUUUAUGAGAACCGCAAACAAGUAUAUUAAGUGUUUUUAAACAAAUAUAUUUAGUGCUGUUAAAAUAAAUAAAUAAAAAUAAAAUAAUUUUAAAUAAAAAACAAUUGGCAAACAAAUUUCAACCAUUUCAUUUCAGAUGGAAGAAGAAUGUUAUGAUUUUUAUACAUAUAUUUAAAAUAUAUUUAGUUUUUAAGCACAAUUCAAAUUGUUUUAUAUAAUAAAUACUUUUAAACUAAGCACUUUUAAAUGAUAUCAUUACUAUUUUACUUUUGUUUGCAUGUUAAUUGUUCGAAUUAUUUGAAAUUUAAAAUUGUUUUCUGAAUAUUUUUAAAAUUUUUACGUACAUAAUAAAAUUGAGCACAUAACCACCGUGAUUUAAAAAAUAUGUUGAUAUUGUAUAAAUUGUAAAAAAGGUUUGUCAAGAAAUCUAUAAAACACUCACAAGACCUAUAUUCUAUUACCUUCGAGUUAAAAAUUAAGUU